AUGGUUCCUACUGUAUCUAGACACCUUAUGCCCGUGAACAAGAACGUUACCCCUGCCCAUGAGAUGUGGAUUACGUCUGCGAUUAAAGCAAACAUUGGGCCUAUUAGAUCUUUCCGUAUGUACAGAGAGAUUAUGGGCGAGUAUGAGGAUAUUGGUUGCGUCAACGAUGAGAAGAGGCUUUGUCGGUUGAUUUGGACCGACGAAGUCUCUGUUAAGAACUACAAAUUAUUUGGUGAAGCCGUGUCCUUCGACGCAACAUACAAUACCAACAGGUACAAAAUGAUCUUCACACCGUUCACGGGUAGGGAUAACCAUGGCAAGUGUUUGUCUUUUGGUGCAGCUAUCAUAUCUCGAGAAGAUGUUGAUUCGUAUUCUUGGGUUUUGGAGAAGUUUGUCGAAUGCGUGGGAAAUGCCCCACCACUAUUAAUAACUGAUCAAGAUUCAGGGUUGAAAAAGGCUGUUGCGGCAGAUAAUAGAUGGUUUUCUGAUAUGUUCGAUGAUCGUUCACACUGGAUCCCUGCAUACUUUAGAGAUGUCAGUAUGAGUGGAUUAUUCAGAACUACAUUGUUGUCAGAGAGCAAGAAUAGCUACUUCAAACGUGCAUUGGAGGCUCAACGACAUAAUUAUCAUAAGACUACCUUUGCCGACGAGACUGGCGUUCUACCCAUGAAGACGAGACUUAAAAUAGAGAAGUAUGCUGCAACCAUAUACAUCAACAACAUAUUCAAGGAGGUACAAGACGAGAUAGAUGCUUCGCAAACCUAUUGCAAUAUGUAUCAGAUGGAGGAGCAAGUUGAUGAGAGCAUAUAUACUGUGCAUGACAAUGUUGAUGGGAAAUUAGUGGUGCGACAUAGACUGUCGGACACUUAUACAUCUUGCAGCUGCAAUCUGUUCGUCAGGAAAGCCAAAUUUAGUAGAUUGUUGGCCAUGGUUCCUGGUUUUGAGCUCGACAGUGCACCAAGCCAAAAUUCUGUUAUUGGUAACAAUAAAAUUUUCAACGUUGUUGGCAAUUGUAUUGGGUAUGUUGGUGACAAUCAAGUGCUACGUGAAGAACUCCUUGCAGCGCUGAUUGAAGUUGAAAAAAGAUUUGCGAAGGAGGGCAGUACAGAGUCUAAGCUAGAAGCUAAGCAUAGGCUUUUCAAGGAUUUUUAUGGUACUACAGCACCGGAAGUACCAUCUGUGUUACCUCCUCUCAUAUCCAAAAUGAAAGGCAGUGGCGCAGGUGGAAGAAGAAAAUCGAACCAAGAGAAGGCCAUGGAUCUUGCUAAGAAGCCAUUGCGUAAUUGCAAGAAAUGCAAUACGAUGGGGCAUCAUGAUUCGAGGAAUUGCCCAACAAAUAAGCUUUCUAAUUGA